UUUCUCCUUUUUUUUCAGCGGGCAGACAGCGUGUUCUUGUUGUGAUCCAGUUGAGAACCUUGGCCUGUUUGCUAUGUCAUAGGCCAAAUGGCUAUUACGACCAAAGCAAUGGUCCAUUGUUCGCUCCUGAAUGAGCUCUCUCUCUCCUAAUCUGGCCUUAGACUGUAGAGCUGCCCAAAGUCUCACAGCAAUGUGUACACACUCCAAAGUACGACUGAACAGCGUUGACUAAAUAAUCACCAAAAGCACAAAUAAUAAGGUUAAAAAACAGUGAACGCGUGAUUCAGCAGGUCGUUGUGAUUGCGUUUCCUGUUGCUGAGACAGCACGGAUUCCAAUACAUUCGGGUUAUCAGGAUAAAUGCACUCCUUCCAGAAAGAGAGAACUUAUGGAGAGUACACUUUCAUAACAUGCCAGCAGACGGGAGCUUUAACAACCUCCAGAGGGAGCAGCGGUUGUUUAGAAGUCAGAAACAAACGUUUUAUUGAAUGCUGAACUGUUGGCAUAGUAACAGUUGGCAAGCUAACAAGCGUUUUAUUGGACUGCGCGCGGUAAAAAGUCACAGGUUACAAGAGAGAAGCUGAGGUCUGUCUGGAGAGUCGCCAAAUCGUAAGCCUACAGUAGAUACAGUAUAGGAUGUGCACACAAGCUGCGUUGUGGUACUUUGAACUCCACUUGCUAACGAUGACAUGGCAAUGAGCAACUGUAAUCUGCUGAAAAGUCAGCUGCAUUGACUGAAGAGCAUUGCUGGAGAAGGGAUUCUAUGUGAUGCUACAUCUGACGCACCCAUGCCUGGAACAGAAUCAUGGCCUUACUUGGGAAUGGAAAUGGGCCGUCCUAACGCUCCCCUCUGCGUCUGCGCUAAGCAGAAAAAAAUACAAAAUACAGACACACAAAAGCUUGCAUGAUUCGUUCCGAUAGUGACCAUGUGCAAGUGUUGAAAAAGCUACUACAGAGACUUUUUGGAAUCCAUAGCAACAUUGUGUUUUUUAAACCUUCGUUUUCAUUGUUUUCAAUGACCAUGAAACUUUAUAAUUCUCUGAGGAAGUACACAAUAGGUAGAAGGGGCAAAAAUGGUAGAAAGACUUUUUGAGAGAUUUGGGGAGCAAUGGUAGUAGCCAGCUAAAAUGUGCUGGAAGACCAGGACGUAAAGAAGAGUGGCGUUAAGGGAAAACAAGCAAGAACGGGGCUUUGCUCCUUGAAUGGUCCAGGGUAAGCGUGUUGCUGAAAAAGUGCAUCAGAGGACAUCCACACGACUUUAAAAGUAGCUCAUCAUGAUGAGGAAUGUUGCGCGAGGCUGACCUCUAGCGGAAGGUAUAUUUAUUGCAGAAACACCUUUGCAAUAUAAUGAGAUGCGGACAAAAUACACUACUAUGCACCCCUGCAAACUACAGUAACAACAAUGAAUACACAUUGAAACAAAGAUCUCUCUGACAUUGUCAAUAAAAAAGUGUAGUUUUCAUAUUUGUAAAGGCAUAAUGUUUUAUACAGUUAUUGGAUCUUUGCCUUAAUGCUGUGGUCGUUCAGUGUUUUUACCAACACGUGCCAUGUUUUCUGUACCUACACAGUUUAGUGCAGGCUCUGUCUGGCGUAACAUGAAAGUGUGUGGCAAUCACUUCCCCUUUCUCGUACCACACACGCUGUGUGUUUACUUGGGCCUGAGAGUGGCAGAUGUACAGUACAUAUGUACACAACUGCCACCUAAACUGCAUGCCCAUGGUUGCUCUUUGGUUUCCAGCACAUUUAAGCGACAGAAGCACAGUCUGAUGUUUACAGAAGAGAGUGAAGCCACCACCCUGCUGCAGGGAGCACGUUGCCUGCCGUCCUCAUGUACAUACUAGGAAGAGGACAAAGCACAAGGUAAUGACAAUCUUUAUAGUUUUUGCUCACCAGAGGGCUACACAUUUAAGGCCACAUUCGAAAGUCAUUAGUUGUAAAAUUUACUUUGUUUAAAAUAUAUUUUUUAUAACAAGUGUAUUGUUUUCUAGAUUAGUUGUAAUGUCUAAUUUUGAAUGCAGUGAAUACCUGAAAGGAAGAUGAGGUUUGUUUACAGCUGACAAAUAGGCAAAUAUGAAACACAACAACGAAAUACUGCAAAUAAAAAAUGCCGCAGUCACAAAAAAAAAGAAGCUAAAUAAAAAUUCUGCAAAUGCCAAAAACAUACACCAACACCAAAACAACUGCAUGACAGAAAUGCUGCAAGUCUACAAAAUAAUUUCCAACAAAAUAGGGAGUACUAAAGUCAAGAGUCACAAGAAAUGUGAAGGAAGAGGAGCAGGAAGAAACAAAAACUUAUCUGUCCUACAUAUUUAAAUAAACAAACAUACUGUAUUGCACAUGCAUGUGACAAACGUGCAUGAGUACGGCCCUUGCAUUUCCGCAAAUACUGUAUUAUAUGUUUUCAUGGGACAACACUAAAGACACAACACAAUGAUACAAUCGAAAGUAGUCAGUGUACAGCUUGUAUAACCAUGUAAACUUAAUGUCCCCUCAUAGAACGUUUAACAUUUUGAAUAUGUCCAUUUGGCUCUUGGAUAAGUCGCGUAUUGAAUUCAUUUCCUGACUGAUUGUUUGUUUGAUUAAUGUUAUGUGCCUUUGUUUUCAUAAUUAUAAUUAUGUACCAUGCUGUUGCAGACAAACCACAGCAAAAGAGCAUAAAGGUCACAGUUCACCACAUCUUACCACAGCUUGUCACCAUUCAGGAUCAUCCAUCCAUCUUCUUUGCCGCUUAUCCUCACUCUGGUCUUUUGCAUUAGUUUUUGAUACUGCAGUGUUUAUGUGAUUGCUGUAUGUUCCCAUUGCAUAUGUUUUAUCGUGUUUGUGUGUUUUUGGUUUUGGAUCAUUUAUCUGUUUGGAGUGUCUGCAAGUUUGCCCCCUGUGGGCUACUGUACAUUUUUCUUUCUUCUCUCCCCCAAACAGUUGAUUAUUUCCUCAAUUUGAGUAUGCCGUUGAACAGGUAGUAUCUAACUGUGACACUAGUGUACACUAAACGACAGUUAAGCAGCUGAGCUAUAAAAUCAGACCACCAUCUCCGUGGGUGAAAGUCCUCAUGGGCCUCAAGAGGAAGGGAGCGGCCUUGUUUCGAUGGCAGGAGGAAGACAGAUUACUGUUACGCUGUGCUAUUUAUGCUGUAACCACUGCUGUGAAAAAGAAUCAUUUAUGGAAUGAAUGUUUUGGGCAUCAAAAACACUCGAAAAAACUGUUGAUUUAUCUAUUUUUAUGCGACAGCAGGAAUGGCGCUGAGUGAAUCCCGAUCAUGGAGUGGCUCCCUGGCGAACUCGUCAUGCGGCCACCGCAUGAUAGAGUGGGAGGAGCUCAUGGACAAAAUGUACACAUACUUCUACCUGCUGCUCUUCAUCCCAGGGUUGCUGCUCAAUACCAUUGCUCUGUGGGUCCUCUGCAGACACGUCAGAAAGAAGACCAAGACGGUGAUCUUCAUGAUCAACUUGGCCUUGGCAGACCUGAUCCACAUCCUGUCUCUGCCACUCAGGAUUUAUUAUUACUUGACACAUGCGUGGCCUUUCGGACACAGUAUCUGCUUGCUCUGCUUCUACUUAAAGUACUUCAACAUGUACGCAGCCAUUGGAUUCUUGAUGUGCAUCAGUGUGCAGAGGUGCGUCUUCCUGCUUGACCCCUUCUCCACUCGAAGGUGGAGGAGCCGCUACGACCUUGCCAUCAGUGUCCUGGUGUGGGCGCUGGUCGGUGUGGCUUGCUCACCUUUCAUCGUCAUGAGGGCUAGCAGCACUGCCUCUCACAGCUUUGUAACUUCUCAGCCUGCCUUCAACAAAUCCACUUUUCUGGAUGCCACCUCCACCCAGCAGCCUGCAGCCCACAUGACAUCUUUGAACCAAUCAACCAGAACCGACCCACAAGUUCGCUGUUUUAAAGACUUGCCUAUGCGGCGUGUGCCCCUCUUGCUGGCUGUCACCUUGAUGGUGCUCGCUGAGCUGUUUGGUUUCUUGAUUCCUUUGGCAUGCAUUAGUUAUAGCUCCAUCCGCAUCAGCCGCUCUCUGUACCAGAAGAAGGCUUCGGACAGCUCGCUGAGCCGUCUCUCCUCGUUCAACUGCGCUGAUAACAACCAUGUGAGGCAGCAAACUACAGGGGAGAAGCGGCGUGCCUUGAGGAUGGUGCUGAGCUGCUCUGUCGUCUUCCUGUUGUGCUUUGCCCCCUACCACAUAAACUUCCUGCUAUAUCUGAUGGUACAGCAGGACCUCGUAUCAGACUGUGCCUUCAGGCUGGCUGUGUGCCAGUUCCACCCGUUGUCUCUGUGUCUGGCCAGCCUGAGUUGCUGCCUUAACCCUCUCCUCUACUACUUCCUUACUGCAGAAUUCAGGCUGCACCUUAGCAGGCGCUCGUCGUCGUCAGUCAGCUCCCAUACGCCGGCAACACGCAGAUUGUUGAGUUUUGAGAGCAGCUUUUCAAACAGAGGUCCGCCCCAUGAUGGACAGCUGCCAUGGACAUGCAUACACACCCAUCACUGUAUCGUGCCUGUACCAUUUAGUGAGUUUAAGAUGAAUGACAGCUGCAAAAACACGGGGGAGCUGAGGAUGUACCAGCACCAUGUGUAUGCAGUGGUGUACAGUGUCAUCCUUGUACCGGGCCUGCUGGGGAACAUAUUGGCGCUGUGGGUGUUCAGGGUUUACAUCCGGGAAACCAAGAAGGCUGUGGUGUUCAUGAUGAAUCUGGCUGUGGCUGACCUGAUGCAGGUCCUUUCUCUGCCUCUGAGGAUAUACUACUACCUGAACAACAGCUGGCCUUUUGGUCACGCCCUCUGCAUGAUCUGCUUCUAUCUGAAGUAUGUCAACAUGUACGCUUCCAUCUUCUUCCUGGUGUGUGUGGCCGUGCGUCGCUGUGAGCUCAUCAUGCGACCACUGAGGUACAACACCUCCAGGAGAAAGGCGGACGUAGUCAUAUGCACCUUGGGCUGGCUCUUGGUUUGCCUUGCCUGUCUGGCUUUCCCGCUGCUGAGACACAUGGACACCGCCAAUGACACCUUGACUUCAGAAGUGGGUGCCACCCUCCCUGGAGCUGACGAGGUGUGCUUCUCAGAGCUGCCCAUGCAAACGGUCAGCGCAUCAGUAGCCUGGGUUAUUUUGAUCAUAGCUGAGCUCUUAGGUUUCGUCAUCCCCUUUAUCCUGGUGCUAGGCUGCACCUGCCUAACCGCCGGAAGUCUUCGGAGGCCAAAAGCCGGCGCCAUUCCUGACCGAGGGGAGAAGCGCAGGGCGUUGAGUAUGACGCUAAGCUGUGCCGCCGUCUUCUUAGUGUGCUUUGCUCCAUACCACAUCACCAUGCCUCUGGAUUUCUUGGCCAAAGCCAAUGCACUGAGUAGCUGUGCCCUCAGGGUCCUGAUUCUGAGAUGUCACCCCGUCACGCUCUGCUUGGCCAGCCUCAACUGCUGCCUGGACCCCAUCAUGUAUUACUUCACUACCAAUGAAUUCUGGAAGCGACUGAGCAAACCGGACAUGUUGGUAUCGGAAAACGUGACAUCCAGCAGGCAUGAAUCUUGACAAAGUGGAGGACUUCAUGACUUGUUGAAGGACCAGUAUGCAGAUGUACUGUAUGCGCAUUUCAAGAACCUCAUUUUCAUGCAUGUGAUGUCAGACUGCAUUUAAUUUUUUAUUUUAUUUUAUUUUUUUUUUUUACAUGCAAUCUGAGUGCACUAUUUUCUAUUCAAUUACGGUAACAUUGGAGUUUUGGACAUAGGAGGAGGAGCCCGCUGCCUUUGCCAACAGAUGUUAGGAAACAGGGGAAAAAAAAAGCUACUUUAUGCAAUUUAAAAGUUUUCAAAUUGUAUUAAAACAUGAGAGUAAUACAUUUGGUUACAACGCUGGACUCUAGCAUCAAAAAGGAAGAUUGCCGAAGAGCCCACAAUGAAGGUACAAAGUCUUUAGAGCAGUUGCCACGCCCCUCUACAGAGUGAAAGAUACGUUUGUGCGAAAGUGAAAGUGAAAGUAAUUCAUUUGCACAAAGAUGACCACCAAACAUGAAAUUAAGUCAGUAAAUUCUACUUUAUUUAAGUGAGAUCAGUUAAAUAUUUACACAUUUGUGUCGCGUCUAAUAUUCAUGUAUCUGCUUCUGUUACAAAGUUGGGACAAAACAAUUUCAAACAUACUUCCUGCGUGAUUGUCUUUCUGUGUGACGUUGUUGAAAAUCCUCUUGGAGUCACGGAAAAGGGCUAUUGCAAUAAGCAUGCCUAUUGGCAUCUAAAUUCAUAUAUUUCUCAAUGAAAUUCCAUUUUAAAAUUCAUACAGGUAAUACUGAAUCUACAUGAAUUUAUUUAUUACGCCUUUGAGGACUGCGGGGAUACGAGAAUUCAAAUGAUCCGACCAAAAUAGAACAAUAUUACACUUUGGAAGCGAGGACUUUGACACAAAGGAAGUUCAACACAAGCACUAAGUCAUGUAGGGAGCUAUACUUCACCAUCAGGUAGGAAAUCAUUAAAUACACAUCAUACAGCAGGACUUGUGCAUCCAUGAAAAGACAGUUUACACCGCGACCAACAUUUCCAAGGUGAUUUGUGCUAUUGUACUAGAACAUAUAAGAUAGAACACAUCACAGAAUUCUGUACAUCUCCUUGUGAGUUUACAAAGCUGCUCUGAAUGUGUGCAGGCCAACACACACACACACACACGCUCACGCAUGCACGUACCCACGCACACAGCUGUAAUAUUAAAUGUUGAAAAACAGAAUAACGUAACGAGUUCACUCUGCAGGAAGCUACGGCAACACGACAGAGAAAACUAAACUUAGUAAAUCCUCAGUUAACAGGAGGAUGCCAUUUGUUAGCACAAGACUAGCAAGCUAAUACUUGACAGCUAAGACCGAUACAGCUUUAAGAGAAUGUAGCAGAGGAGGCUAGAACUGAAAUCCACACGUCACUGAGAGUUAAAACAGGGAAUGCAAAUAAAAACAGGAGUCUCGGCUCACCGUCGUUUCCUCCUCAACCUACUCCCGCCAACGCUCUCUCGCUCUCGCAAGAAGAUCCUUUUCCCUUCAAGCCUUGCAGAUCCGUGUUUCGGUUACAAACUUGUUUUCAAAGUGAUGAACGGUGAAACACUCAUCUGCGGACCGCUUAUGGAUCCCUGCGCCUGACAGAGACAAAAGUUGAUUGUGUCAAAUAGUGGGGACUACAGUGGAUCCAUGCACAUUUACAAUUCAGCAUCCACGGCGCCGCAAAUUCACACAUUUUAAAAUUGACUUUUUUUCCCCUGCAGUUUUUUUCUUCAGAAAGCACUUGUGAUAAAACAGGUAAACUGUGCAGCAUGCAUGUACCACUGUUAAAAAAGCUCCCAAUUUUUACAUGUUUACGUCUUUUUGCUUCACCGAUUAGGUUUUUUCAUCAAGCGUUGAAUUUUCACACUUUAUUCGGCGGUCAUUGAACACACCAUAGUUGCUGUGAGACACUAGGGAAAAACUUACGUUUCAUACCCAUGCUUGUAAUUAGCUUAACUGCAAAUAAAACUUAAAAGGAAA